UAAAGUCUCACCUUGCUUUAUCAUCAUUUCAACGAACGACAAAAAAACGAGUGGUUUUGAAUACUUCAAUUUACAAACAUGGAUCUUUUAGCAAUCAAUGCCAGCUGCUCAUCACCCAAUAAGCCAUCUUGUAGACUACAAGAUCUUCCUCAAGAGGAAACUUUUAAAAUAGUAAAUUGCAAACUAGUGCAAACUAGAUAUGGACAAACAGUGCUCGUAGAACUUGAAGAAAAGGUGAUAUUUCUUCCCAAACGUGCAACAACCCAGCUCAGAAAUCAUUUAGUUGAAUUAAGCAGCGGAAACUACGGGAUCUGCUAUAAAGGAUUAGAAGCAGCAACUUCAUCGUCUUUCAAUCCAUCGCCCAAGUUUGAGUUUAAAAAAUUGUAAGGAAAUUGUAAGGUAAGCAUAUUUUAUUUUUUUGUUGUUGUUGUUUAUAAUUAUUGUUAAUAAUAUGUCGAUGGAGCAAGUCGCUAGAACAAGUGAUAACAUGUUAAAACAUGUAGAUGAUGCUUUUAAACUUUUAAAAGAUAAAUGGCAUAACGAAAAGGCUCAAAAAUGGAUUGGAAAAAUAACCAACAAUAUAACACUAUGUAACAAACUCUUACGAAAUAUAGAUUUAUCUGUCAGCAUACGAAAAAAGGUAUUAAACAAUAUUGCACAAAUGAAAAGAAUAAGAACUGUUUUUAAAUCAAUGCUACAAAGCAAAAAUAAGGAAAAUAAUGCUAAAUCGACUUUAGGUGUAAAAUGGGAAAAUUUAGCAUCAAUUUUUCGAGCACGCAUACAUACAGGAAUAAUUAUUAAUUUAAAUCAUAAAGAUAUAAAAGAUUUCUUCAAAGAUGCUUUUAUUAUUUUUAAACAAAAAAUGACACAAUUUAUAGCACAUUUAAGUUGCACUAAAGUCAACUCAACAUUUUGUGCUGAAUUUAUUUUAAAAAAAGAAGAUGAGGAAGUGACUUCACGUAAAUAUUUUCAUACAGUUACUGAAGUAAUUGAUGCAAGUACUGACUUAAAGGAAUGGUUUACCGAUUAUAUCGUGGAACCUCUUUUAAACAAACUAGAAAAUUUUCAAGAAAAAGAUAGUGGUUACAGUCUUAGUAAUAUAAUAUCUCUUGAAAUUAAUGUAAACAAAUAUGAAGUAGGUAAAGGACCAUCUUCUUUUAUUUCUCUUCCUAAACAAAUUCUCGAUAGAAAAGCAUGUAUUAAUGUGAAAAACAACGAUAACGCCUGUUUCUAUUGGAGCAUCGUGAGUGCUUUAUAUCAACCAAUCAAUAAAUUUAACUUAAA